AUGCCCACAGUCAAGGCUGUUAAGGAUCCAAAAAAUCCAUCGUUAAAAUACUUAACUGUGAAGUUAAAGGAAAUCCAGUUGUCUUUUGCUGAUGUUUGGGAGUUUGUCGAAACUUUUCAGGAAGAUGCAACUUUUGCACAGGUUUCGGUGAGAUUGACAGCGGUGGAUGAUUUGUGGGAAAAAUUUUGUGAAGUUCUUAUUGAUAUCAAAUCACACGAAGAUUUUAUAUCUGAUGUUGAAGUUUAUGAAAGAGAACGGAAGGAGUUCAGUGAUCGCUACUAUUACGCUAAAUCAUUCUUGAUGGAUAAGUCGAAGGGCCGUUUAGAAUGUACAGAGCUUAAUCAAUCCAUUCAUGUUAAUGAUCAUAGUCAUUCUGGAGGUUUUGAUCAUGUUCGGCUUCCACAAAUAAAGCUGCAGUCGUUUAAUGGUAACAUAGAUGAAUGGCUCGGGUUUCACGAUCUGUUUAUUUCGCUCAUACAUAACAAGCAGGAUUUGCCGGAGGUGGAGAAAUUCCACUAUUUGAAGGGAUGUCUUCAGGGUGAACCGAAAUCUUUAAUUGAUCCUCUUCAAAUAACAAGGGCUAAUUACAUCGUUGCAUGGGAUAUGCUGUUAAAGCGUUACAAUAACAGCAAGCAAUUAAAAAAGCGACAAGUUCAAUCGCUGUUUAAGUUACCUUCGUUGACUAAGGAGUCUGUAUGUGAAUUGCUUCAGUUAUUGGAAGGGUUUGAGCGAAUCGUGAACACGUUGGAUCAGGUGUUGGAACCUACUGAUUACAAGGAUCUGUUGCUUGUGAAUUAUCUUGUUUCUCUUUUGGAUCCGAUCACGCGAAGAAGUUGGGAGGAGGAAUCAGCAUCAAAGGAACAAGAUGUGUUGGCUGAUUUGACUGGUUUUCUUCAUCGGCGAGUUCAAGUGUUAGAAUCGCUUCCGCAAAGGUCAAACGAAAAUAGAAACAUACCCUCUCAGGUGGUAACUAAGCCAAAGCUCAAUGUUCGGGCAUUCCACAACAAUGUUAAUUAUUCAGGAAACAAAUGUGUUGUUUGUAAAUCCCAGCAUCCCUUGCAUCAGUGUCCGAGGUUUUUGAAAUCGUCGGUUACGGAUAGAGAUUCGGUUUUGAAAACAAAUUCAUUAUGUCGGAACUGUUUUAGAACUUCCCAUAUGGCUCGGGAAUGUCAGUCUAAGUUUUCGUGUCGGAAUUGCGGAGGACGCCAUCACACACUGGUGUGUUUUAAGGCCAAGGAAGGAGAAAAUCCGGAAUCGUCGAGGUCAGGCGAAACUAAUGGCACCUCUAAGAGUGAUCAAUUGCGAGGAGAGUCAUCAUUUCGGGUCUCUAACCCAGCUUCAUCAACAUGCUUAUCAUCGGGUGUUGAGCACAUGGCUAACGGUCGGGUUCUCUUAGCAACUGCAGUGGUCCUCUUGGAAGAUGAAUUGGGAAACAGAUAUCCAGCUCGAGCGCUGCUUGAUUCGGGGUCAGAAAGCAAUUUCAUAUCGGAACGAUUGAGCCAGCGUUUGACGAUGAGUCGGAAAAGGGUAGAUGUGGCGAUACUCGGCAUUGGUCGGACAUCUACAAGAGUCAAGCAAAAGGUUCAAGCGGUGGUGCGCUCGAGAGUGAACAGCUACUGUAAGGAAAUGGAAUUCCUGGUCCUACCCAGAAUAACUGUUGAUCUUCCCACUACUACGGUAUCAACGGAUGAAUGGUCAUUCCCAGAUGGAAUUGAAUUGGCGGACCCAGCAUUUUUCGAGUCGAAGGUGGUGGAUUUAGUGUUGGGAAUUGAAUCGUUUUUCGACUUCUUCGAAACGGGAAAACGGAUUUCCAUCGGUGAUCAAUUACCAACACUUACGGAGUCAGUUUUUGGUUGGGUCGUUUCUGGAGGUUUAUUGCAAUGUACAUCAGCACGGAUUGCUUGCAAUGUUUCAUCAACAGAGUCUCUUGAAACUCUUGUCGCUCGGUUUUGGGCUUGUGAGGAGCUGGGUUCGGAAAACCUAUACUCACGGGAGGAAAGGCAUUGCGAGGAAAUUUUCCAGAAAACGGUACAGAGAGACAGCAAUGGAAGGUACACAGUCUCUCUUCCUAAGAAUGAGGAGGUUUUUCCUAAAUUGGGUGACUCAAAAGAAAUAGCACUACGACGUCUGGGCGCAACUGAGCGUAGGCUAGCUAGAAAUGCGGAUUUGCGGGAGCUGUAUACGGAGUUCAUGGACGAAUACAUACAGCUAGGUCACAUGGAAGAAGUUGAGGAAGCUUCUGAUAUCAAACGUUGUUUUUUACCACAUCACCCGGUCGAAAAGGAGAGUAGUACGACAACCAAACUGCGUGUUGUAUUCGAUGCUUCAUGCAAAACCACUACAGGAGUCUCACUGAACGAUGGAUUACUAACAGGUCCAGUAAUCCAGGACGAUCUUCGGGCAAUUAUACUCCGCUGUCGAAUGCGUCCGAUUAUGGUCGUCGCAGAUGUUGAGAAAAUGUUCCGCCAAAUCAACAUGACAAAAGAAGAUCGUCCACUACAGUCAAUUUUAUGGAGAAGGUCUCCAUCGGAGCCAGUCAAGACGUUCGAGCUAAAGACGGUAACAUACGGCACCAAACCUGCUCCGUUUUUAGCAACACACACCUUGAAGGAGUUAGCAUUGGAUGAAGGGGAGAGGUUUCCCUUGGCAUCAAAGGUAUUUUCGGAAGAUACGUACAUGGAUGAUGUAGUAUCAGGUGCAGAAGAUGCAAAUGCAGCCCUCGAACUGCGAAUUCAGUUGGAUAAAGCUGCAAGAGCUGGAGGAUUUCGGUUGCGAAAAUUCGCAUCAAAUUGUUUAGAGGUCCUGCAAGGACUACCACAAGAGAGUGUAGCCAUUAAAGAAGCUUCAGACGGAUCGGACAUAGAUCCCUCGAUGAAGGUCCUUGGGCUCACUUGGUUGCCGAAAUCUGAUGUCUUCAUGUAUCAUUUUAACAUUCCCGAAAUUCCAAAAUCCACGGUGUUAACUAAACGGAAGGUGCUGUCGGUAAUUGCAACGCUCUUCGACCCGUUGGGACUCCUAGGUGCUGCAAUAACAACUGCAAAAAUAUUUAUGCAGCAGUUGUGGACCUUGCGGAAUAAUGAUGACCAAAGAUUGGACUGGGAUCAGCCAUUACCUCCAACGGUGGGUGAGGAUUGGCUGAAGUACUACGAACAACUAGGUUCACUAAACGAAAUUCGUAUUGAACGGUGCAACGUCAUCCCAGGAGCCAUUCACAAAGAGAUUCACUGUUUUUCAGAUGCUUCAGAAAAAGCUUAUGGUGGUUGCGUUUACUUAAAAAGCAUUAACUCUGAUGGAGAGGUUAAAAUUUGUUUGUUGUCGGCAAAAUCGAGGGUAGCUCCACUUGCAAGUCAGUCGAUUCCCGCCUAG